CGACGGGGUGAAGGCUGCUUCUCUUCCGCACGGCAUUUUCCUUUCGUUUCCCAGCAGAGCCCUCCCUCAGGCACCCAGCCCAGCCCCGGAACUGCGGCGCCAUGGCCGGGACAGAGGCUAUGGCCGGGCUGAGGGAAGAGCUGACCUGUCCCAUCUGCCUGGACGUUUACAAGGACCCGGUGUCGCUGAGCUGCAACCACAGCUUCUGCAGGCCGUGCAUCAAGCAGGCGCUGCGGAGCCCGCAGAGCGCUGCCCGCUGCCCGCUCUGCCACUCGCCCGGCGGCGAGCUGCGGCCCAACUUCCUCCUGCGCAACAUCGUGCACAAGUUCAUGGAUGCUCCCGCGCAACAAGAGCCGCCGGAGCAGGAAGGGCCGGGCGAGGAGAAGGGGGAAAGCUCGGGCCGGCCGGAGAAGGUGGUUCUGUGCGAUUUCUGCCUCCAGGAGCCUCUGCCCGCAGUGAAGACGUGCGUGAGCUGCGAGGCCUCGCUGUGCCAAGCCCACCUGAGCAAGCACGGCAGCAAGAACGCCCAGAACCACGUGCUGGUGGAGCCCUGCGAUGCCCAGGUUCUGGCCGAGAGGAAAUGCCCCAAGCACGGCAAACUGCUGGAGUGCUUCUGUGAGAACGACUGGGACUGCGUCUGCAUCCUGUGCUCCAUCGUCUCCCACAAGAACCACAAGAUCAUCAGCCUGGAGGAGGCUUUCGGCGAAGCUCAGAUAUCUUAUCCCGGAACUCUGGAAACACUGAAAAACCAGGAAGCUGCGCUGGAUCAAACCAUAGCAAAGCUGCUGAAACAAGUGGAGGACCUAAAGAGCGGAGACAGCCAGCUGAGGGCACAGGUGGAGGACUUGUUUGAGGAGAUGCAUAAGAAGUUAGAGAACAAAAAAGGAAACGUCCUGAAAGUUCUCAACGACUAUGAGGAGCAACAAAUUUAUCGGAUUGAGAUAGAGAUGAAUAGUCACAAGAGGCAGAGGGAUUCAGUCAGUCAUGAUGUUCAGGAGCUGGAGGCUCUAAGAAAUCAGAGGGACACACUUCUUUUCACCAAGGCUUUUGCAGCAAUUAAAGCCAGGCAACGAAAGCCAUUUCCUAGAAUGGAUGGUGUGAGGGUGCCAGAACCACCCAUUGCUUUGCAUAAAUUAACAGCAGAGGCUAUUCAGAAUUCUUUCCAGCAAUACCUCUCAAAUAUGGUCCUUUCCGUUAAGGCACCAUCACCUUUGGGAUACGAAUCAACACCUGGUCCCUUCACGUUUGGUGGUCAUACAACACACCAUGUCCCCAUGUCUGGGUGUUACUCUGGUUUUUCUUUCAAGUAGCCUAACGAAAUACAAAUUCAGUGGCAAUCAUAAUGAUAACACUCAUAAAAAAGAGAGAAAAGAGAGAGAAACCCCAGCCAAAACUAACGAUGCACAGCACAACUGCUCCCCCAUCACCUGCUCUCAGAUGUCCAGCCACUGUUCCCAAGCAGCAAUUGGCUCCUUCUGGCCUUCUCCCCCCAGUUCAUAUCCUGGGCGUGGUGUUCUGUGGUGUGGAAUAUCCCUUUGGCCAGUUUGGGUCACCAGCCCCAGCUGUGCUCCUUCCCAGCUUUUUGUGCACCUCCUGGCUGGGAGAGCACGAGGCAUGGAAAGGUCCUUGGCUCAGGUUAAGCGCUGCUCAGCAACAGCCAAACCAUCAGUGUGUCACCAACGUUACUCCCUACUGAACCCAAAACUGUACCAGCUGCUGAGAAGAGAAUGAAUUCCAUCCCAGCACAAACCAGGACAGGACUCCAGCACGCACGGUGCCAUCCCAGACGUGCAGGGUGACCAGAGCUGCUGCUGGGAGGACACCAGCAACGAGAGCUGCUGGAAGCUUGGAAUUGUUUGUGCCUGGUUUGAAUGCUGCCUGCAAAUGCCUCACAAUUACCUCUGUGAGUUCCUUACUUCAAAGACAUCAGCGGCAGAAGAAGCACUCUGUCUUUGCUUGGUGUGUCUGUCAAGGCUGGACAUUCUGCUGAGAAUUUCAGGCUUACCGAGACAGGGACCCUCCCUUUGAAGUAUCCCAUCCGUGCUGCCACCAGCGUGUUGAAGCUCCUGCAGUGAUGUGGAGACGAGGUGUUAUUUGGUAUUUCCAGGCCUUGCACGGAGGCUGCGCUAAGCUGACAUUUCAGAAAUUGGUUUGUGGGUUGCUAUGACAGGAGCUAUGACAGGAGGUGUAUCACAGCACCCUGCUUCUUCCUGCCAGAGCUCCUCUUUUAUUUGUUCUGUUAAUCAUAAUGGAAGUUCCUUUUAGUUGCUCAUUUUUGCUCAGCCAACAACACUGUGUUGGCUUCCUGUUAUUAAAGUCACGUUACUAGCUUGCAAAA